GCCUGCGCAUUGUGCUGGUCUCCAUGGCAGGGCCUCGGAGCCAAGACGAGAAAAAAUGCUGCUGUGAAGACAUAAUUAUAGCUCUCACACAAAUGAAGCCUAUCAUGAUUUAGUGUCCCCGAAAGGAAGAACUUCAGUGGACAAGAGAGGGCAUUUCUGGCAAUAGGAGAAUGCUUGAGGCCUGAGUUUAAACUUGAGCAACUGCCUGAAGAUAUGGUGAGGUCAACGAAUCAGGAGGUGAUUGCCACUGAAAAUUAAGAUGUUUAUUACUCACAGUUCCAAAGAAGAGGGUAGGCAUGCCACAUAGGGCCACAAAAGAAAAUAUCAAGCUAUUAAAUAAUAAAAGAAAAUGGAAUUGAAUAUAUCAGCAUGGAACAGUCUAAUGAUUCAUUAAGAGUCAACCAUAAUGAUUCUGAAGAAUCAAAAACAGAUUCUCAGGUAUUUGAGCAUCUAACCUGUAUGGACUCCAGGGAUCCUUCCUUUGGACAAAAUGGUUCUCCUAGAAUUUUACCCAUCACCUCUCAUGAAGUAGAUAAUUCACUCACAUCACAGAAUAUACCAGGGACCCUGACUCAGACACAGACUCUUUCUACAGAACAAUUCCAUCUAGUGGACCAAAAUGGGCAGCCUAUUCAAUAUGAACUUCAGUCAUUGGGGGAUUCUAAUGCACAAAUGAUGAUUGUUCCUAGCCCAUCAGAAAAUGGACAGGUGCUGCGUGUAAUUCCAUCUACCCAGACAGGAAUGGCACAAGUAAUUAUUCCUCAGGGGCAGCUUGUGGAUGUGAAUAGCCCUCAGGAUGUCUCUGAAGAGAAACCCAGUGACAGAAACUUACCAACCAUAAGAGUGGAUGUUCUAGCAGACAAUACCAGUAAUUAUACUCUUCAUCCACAAGCAUCCCUCACAUUGCCCAAAAAGACCGUGGCCAGAAUGCUUGAAGAGCCCUUUCUGGCUCCUCUCCAGCCACUUUCUUCUAACACACCUAUGUGGGCUUGCCGUCUUAGGAGCUGUGAGAAAAUUGGAGAUUCUUACCGUGGCUACUGUGUAAGUGAAACUGAAUUAGAAAGUGUCCUAACAUUUCACAAGCAGCAAACUCAGAGUGUUUGGGGGACCCGCCAAUCUCCAAGUCCAGCCAAGCCAGCUACACGCUUGAUGUGGAAAUCUCAAUAUGUUCCAUAUGAUGGAAUCCCAUUUGUCAAUGCAGGGAGUAGAGCCGUGGUAAUGGAGUGUCAGUAUGGGCCAAGGAGAAAAGGUUUCCAGUUAAAAAAAAUCAGUGAACAGGAAAGCAGGUCUUGUCAGCUCUACAAAGCCACUUGUCCAGCCCGGAUUUACAUUAAAAAGGUACAGAAGUUUCCUGAAUAUAGAGUUCCUACAGACCCCAAAAUUGACAAGAAAAUAAUCCGAAUGGAGCAGGAAAAAGCCUUUAACAUGCUAAAGAAGAAUUUGGUAGAUGCUGGUGGUGUUCUUAGAUGGUAUGUACAGUUACCUACAAAGCAAGCUCAUCAGUAUCACGAGUUAGAAACUUCCUGCCUUGCUUUGUCACCUUCCCCUUUUCCUGUGCCUUCUCUUGAAGAAGAGGAAACUGCAAUUAGGGAUGAAAAUUGCGCAUUACCCUCACGUCUACAUCCUCAAGUAGCACAUAAGAUUCAAGAAUUAGUGUCACAAGGAAUAGAACAAGUGUAUGCAGUAAGGAAACAGCUAAGAAAAUUUGUGGAAAGAGAACUAUUUAAACCUGAUGAGGUGCCUGAAAGACAUAACUUAUCCUUUUUUCCAACUGUAAAUGAUAUUAAAAAUCACAUCCAUGAGGUACAGAAAGCCUUGAGAAAUGGAGAUAAUGUGUAUAACUCAGAUAUUAUUCCAGCAACGCUUCAGUGGACUACAGAUAAUGGGCAUAUUCUCAGAGAGACUGUGACAGUUACAUUUGCAGAAGGAAAUUCACCAGGAGAAUCAAUUAGCACCAAAGUGGAAACAAAUCAGACAAGGGGUUCUUUGUCUCCAGAGCCAGCCCACUUGCUCUCUUCACUUUCCUCAUUUCAGCCAAAAGUAUUUACUCAACUGCAGGGUUUGCAGUUGCAACCAAGAUUCACUUCUCCUGAUGGAUCACCGACUCUGAUAUCAGUAAAUAACCACCCUUCCUCCAGUCCUUCAAGACUUCUGGACUCAUUAGAAAGUACUGUAAUGAAUAAUAAUUCUCUACUGCUUGGUCAAAGUCAUAGCCUUCAAACAGAUACAUGCCUGACCCCAAACAAUAGCAUUAUUACCUCUACCAUGGGUAACCUUCCAGGACCAGAUCAAAAUCUAGCUGCAAUGGACCAGCUGGUGCAAGUUGGAGAUGUUGAGGAUACAGAGAAUAUGGAAGGAAGUGUUCAUCGGAUUCUGUUGGGAAAUGUGCAAACCAUCCCAAUACAAAUUAUAGAUAACCACCCAGCUAUUAUUGGAGAAAAUCCAGAAGGUACCGUUUCUGUGAACCAAGUUAAGCAAGAACCCAAAGAACCAGCAUUGUCUAUGGAAGCAAAAAAAAAUUUGGACUGUAAGAAAUUAUCUACUACAUAAAUUAUUGAAGCUUUUCAGAAUUUACAACUUGGGUGACUUAUAAUGUCAUAAAAAAGAAGGUGAAUAUUAUCAAAGCGCAGCAUUGUGAUAAGUGAACUGAAGACCGGUUCAAUGAGCAACUUUGAUUUAAAACCGAUAUGUUUGUUGCCAAGUCCAUAUUUUUGGAACCUAUUUUAUUCCUCUUAUUUUGUAUAAUUCUUAUGCUUUUUGAUUAUCUGAUAAGGCCAGUAUUUCCAAAGAUCAUCUGAACUUAUCCAUGACAAUAUAGUCUGAACACAAAUAGUUAUCUAACUAAUCCCUUGGAAAUAUCUGAUUUGGGUUCUGAAAAGACAAACAAGAACAACAACAAAAAUAGUGUGUGAGUUUGUGUGUGUGUGAGUGUGUGUAUGAGUGUGGACUUUUUUUAAAGUUAUAAAAGAAAUUAUUUCCUCUUUAAAGUUGUGAAGAAAUUCUUUAAAUUAGCACAGGGGAGAGAAUAUUUGUAGUCUGUCUCAUUAGGAAAGAUAAAACCAUAGUAGAUUUUACAUCAUAACAUAAAGCUCAGUAUUCACAUCUGUGGAAACUGUAAUUGCAUUUUGGCUUCUUCCAUUAUAAUUUUUAUACUUAUAACUACAAACCAAUAGCAUACUAAUAGUUAUCUAGUAGAAAUUUAAAAUGUCUUGGUAAGUACUUAGAGUUUUAAUUUGAAUUAAUCAGAUAAGCAACAGAAAUAAAUGUAUAUUGCAUGGAUUUAUAUAGUAUUUUAGGUAAAACACUACAUGUGGAUAGAAAACUAUAGAAAUUGAGAGAAUUCAGAAAGAAUAAUAAACUUCCCUGGUGUUGACAGAUAAUUUGAGGAACUUUUUGAUAUCCACAAAAGAUUUUUUUUUCCUACUUUGUAUUGAAGAUUCAGCUCUGGUUAGAAAAUAAUUUGAGUUGUAUUUAUUUUUCUAUGCCAGAGCUCUUACUGAAUUAGUGGUAUUAGAAUUUAUAGUAUUUCAAGGUAAGUAUUUGUAGUUUAAAAUUUAGUUCAUAUUUAAAACAACUGAUGUGUUAUAUUUGCUUGCUGAGUAAGUAUAUUUACUUGAAAUACUGAGUAAGUACUAAUCACUGUAUUCAUUAUAAGCUUUUGUUUUCUGGAAGGUUGGUGAACUAGAAAUGUCAAUUAUAAGCUGUCAAGAAAUCAAUUUAAAGGUUUUUUUCACCCCAGGGACCGUUUGUGGGUAUAUUUAAGACUUUAUUUAAAAGUAAUAAGGAUUUCAAAUGGAUAUUAAUAUUUAUAUUCAAAGUAUAUGGAAUGUAAUAUGAAAUUUAACCUUAAUAUUUUACAUGACUGAAUCCUUUUUGGCUUUUCUAAAGUCCAGUCUCCCAUUCUUAAUUCACUUUAAUUGUUGCAAGUAUACAACAUGUACCUAAAGUAAAGCAUUGUUAAAUUAGACGUGAGUGGAACUCUUAAAAAUCCGUGCUCUUUAGAUUUAUACCCUAUUUAAUAUAAAAUUUAUUAUUUAUACUCCUAUUUAAUACAAAGUUGAUAUUUAGUUACAUAUAUGAUUUUUAAUUAGAAUAGCUUUUCUUUUUCCUAAGAACUGAAAAUAUUUGAUGUCAGCAUUUCAGAGGCAGUCUGCCAAAUCUGAUUAUGUUACUCUAAGUUAAACAUAGCUCUUAGUUACCUCAAACCCAGCUUUCUCGUAGUCUGUGUGUACGUAAAGGGUAUAAGUCUGAAUUUAUAGUUUUAUUGCAUUUGUAGGUAAUAUUCUUUUAAUUUAUUAUUUCUAAUUUUUAUGGAAACUUUUUUCAGGAUUUUAAAUAAUAUUGACUUUUCAUUAAUGGCAAUAGCUUAUUAUUAAAUAUUUUACCAAUUGAACUAUAUUCCUUUGGAGACAUUCUUUUCUUUUUUGAUGUUGAGUUGCUAAGGAGAAAUGCUUGUUAAGAUACAAACUCUAGUCAGUUACCUGUGAGGAUGAGAGAUGUUAGAGAGUUCAGACUUUGGCAUUUGAACAAGAACAAAAUAUAGUUUUAAAAUAUUUCUCUCACUUCAUUCUAUGUGAAUGUCUCUUUCUGGUACUGUUUUUUUCAUUAGGAGGAGGAAAGUUACAGUGCAUCCUUCCCACAAACAAAAAACAAAAUUAAAAAAGAGCAUGAAGGAAGGUUUAAAUCCCUAAUUGUAUACUCUUUUGGUUUUUAGGUAGAAACUGGAACUAUCAAUAUUUUCAUGUAAGUAUUUCAAUG